GUGGAAAAUUUGGCGGCGCACCGCAUGUUGGGUCGGAGCCGCUGCAAGGAAGGCAAAGGCGAUCGUGGCAAGGUGUGGUUCUAUGAUCUGUCGAGGUCGUCUGGCAAAGUGCGCAAACUAGAGGGGCGCUUUGACGGCGUCUGCCCGUGCUUGACGACCCGCAACGGCACUCUCUGGGUCGAGGCGGCGCAGUCACCCAAGUAUCGCCGUUUCCUUUCUUUCGGCGAGAGAUUCGCCAUGCAGGGUUUGCCAUCCGAGCUAGCGGACACGUUUAGCCUCAAGGGUGCUAGCCAAGCUGCUUCAGGCAACGCGAUGGCAGUCAAUUGCUUGGGCUUGUGCAUCGCCUGCUGCUACGCUGAUAAAGUUUAA